CAAAUCUUAGGCUCCACAAAGUGGCCUCUAACAAAGCUGAGGUGAUGGAUGCGUUCUUAAAGGAAGAUCGAGCUAAGGAUCUACAAAAUCUUGACUUGUUUGUGGAUGACCUACCUGAUCAGCGAAGUCUUGGGGUAAGAUGGAAUAUUAUGUCAGACAUUUUUACAUUUUAUGCACCUGAAACUGACAGACCAUAUACCCGCAGAGGAGUACUCUCCACGGUCAAUAGUCUUUUUGACCCGCUGGGUUUCCUGGCACCAGUGACUAUCCGGGGGCGCUUACUACUUAGAGAACUCUCGAGACACGGCAGUGAUUGGGACACCAACCUUCCAGAAAGCAUGCAUGAACAAUGGGUGCAAUGGCAGAGUUCGCUGCAGUGCCUCAGAGGCAUUCAAAUACCCCGUAUAUAUUCUGCUAUUCCACCUUCUAAUGCCCUGCACAUUGAGCUGUGCAUUUUUUCAGAUGCCUCUGUUAAUGCCAUUGCUGCUGUGGCUUAUCUCAAAUUUCUAAGCCAUGACAAGCAAAUAGAUGUGGGCUUUGUCCUCGGCAAGGCAAGACUUGCCCCCCGACCUGAACUUACAGUGCCCAGGCUGGAGCUAUGUGCUGCGGUGCUAGCUGUGGAGAUUGCGGAAGUCGUCAGUGAGGAAAUAGAUUUCCAGCUAAACUCCACUAGUUUUUAUACAGAUAGUAAAGUGGUUUUGGGUUAUAUUCACAAUCAAUCCAGACGCUUUAGUGUCUAUGUAAAUAAUCGGGUGCAACGAAUCCGGCAGUCUUCUAAACCUGAACAGUGGCAUUAUGUGCCAACAGAUCAAAAUCCUGCUGAUCAUGGUUCACGCUCCAUUUCAGCCUCCAAGCUUUCCAGUUCAACAUGGAUUACUGGACCUCGCUUCCUUCGCCUUCCACUAAAGAAAAUUCCAGAAGAACAAAAUAAAUUUGACCUCAUCAACCCAGAAAGUGAUGUAGAUAUCCGACCUGAAGUGAACUCUUUGUCCACUUAUGCCUCUGAGAGUCACUUAAGCUCAAAACGGUGGGAACGCAUGAUUGGAGUGGUACGACACAUAUUAGACUCCAUGCUGUUGCAGUCUGGUCGUGUACGACUUACUCAUGAAGUGUUAACAACGCUAAUGGCAGAGGUCAUCACCAUAAUUAAUGCACGUCCCCUGGUACCUGUUUCGUCUGAUCCUGAACAUCCUAAUGUCCUAACACCUUCCAUGCUGCUCACCCAAAAAAUAGGCACGCCUUUUCUGUCUCAAAGUAACUUUGGUACAGGUGAGAUGUUGAGACACCAAUGGAAGCGUGUCCAAUACCUCGCUGAGGAAUUCUGGAGCAGGUGGAGAACGGAAUAUCUCAGCACUCUGCAGACGCGACAGAAAUGGCAAAAUAAAAGGCCUGACAUCAAAGAAGGUGAUGUUGUCCUUCUGAAGGAAAAGCAAGUCAGGAGGAAUGAGUGGCCUAUGGGAAUAAUAAUGAAGGCUGUUCCUAGCAAAGAUGGAUUAAUAAGGAAGGUCGAGAUAAAGAUAGUUCAGCAAGGAGCAACAAAAAUCCUUUACAGGCCUAUUUCAGAACUGGUUUUUCUUUUAUCACCAGAUUAAAGUAUUUGGCUCAGUUUUUGGUGGUAUCUUAAAGAUACCAGACAGGGAGUGUUCUGGUUCUAAUUGUUUUUGCAAACCUUUGUAAUCCUAAUAUAAAAAUCCUAAUGCUACUGCUGCAAGCAGGAAGCCAUGUGACAGGAGGCAGGAAGUAGGAAGUAGGAAGUGAGUGCAGCAGCAGUAAGCAUGGUGUGUUUAUUACCUCUGUGUUUGUACUCUCAAACAAUCCUUCGCCAUCCUGCUUAGUUAGCCCUUGUGAAGGCAUUCCCUGACUAGGUGGUUCAUGAUAGACAGUCUCAUCUGACUAAUUCAAGGACAGCAGGCUUGUACAAACCUUAAGUCAAAAACAAAUACGAGAAAUCCUGCCUAUCCCGGCACAGAGGACGUCACUUCCUGGGAACCAACUAUAUAAACCCCUCAUCCUCCAUACUUGAGCAGUUCUACUUUGGACUCGAAUCCAUACACAUUGUACUAAAAUUUAAACCCUUUUGCAGCCAAGGAAACUAUAUGGGUGGCUGCCCUAAACCAUCGUUGUGUGUCCAGUCAUUUAUUUCACAAUAUUUAUAUACUGUAUAUAGUGUAUUGUUAUAUAUAAUUAUAAUAUAACUAAUCUGUUAUAUAUUAUGUUAACAGUGUUGUAGAGCAUUACUUUUAAAAGUAAUUUGGUUACAUUACUUACAAAAAACGUAAAUAUGUUAUAGUUACUUAUCAUACAAUGUAAUGCAAAGAGUGUGUUAGUUUUUCUUUUUUUGUAUGAUUGAAUAACAGCACCCUGCCCAGCAUUUGUUAAUGAAUCCAAACUCAUAUGUAUAUAUACUGUAUACAGAAUAUACCUUCAUGAAACUGACCAGACACACAACCAAAUGCGAUCAUCUUCCUCUGUUUUAUAAAUAUGUUUAGUCCUUCAUGUGCUGUGAAUCAAAGUUGAAAUGAGACAUGCCAGCAGUUUUCCAUUUUUCACUGCAAUGUACCACCAUUAAAUGAUUGUGUACUGACACCUCCUGCUCUGACCUUCAAAGAAGGAAAGUCUGAUGUAAUGUUCAGAUAUCUUAAUCCAAACUGCAAUGGGUACCCAAACACCCACCCACCUUUGCUCUCCGAUAAAAUAUGCUUAUAAAUGUAAUGAAUUAUUAUUAUUAUUAUUAUCUCAUAGCGAUGGAACUCCUGCAGUCUGCCCAUGUGAUGGAGGACUGGCAUACCAGUCCACCAUGUUUGCUUCUUGACUUACACCCAGGGCUGCUGUGAUAUUCAGUGGCUCCUUCUAUGACCCUAAAUUUUGCCGAUUAAAUUUACCCCUCAGCAUAUGCAGGACUAAAUUUAUACUGUGAACUUUCUUCAGUUCUUUUCACUUAAUUGCACGGUAUGUACAUGCUUAACCUCUUCUUCCAGAUGGUUAGAGCACAUGUUGCAUGCCCAAUGUUAUUGGAUAAAGGCAAUCCUUCUGCAAAAUUUGUUUUCUUUUUUUUGGAGUGUCAGAAAUAAAUUCCAGUUCAACUUC